UUUGCUUAGCCACAAAAGCAGGGAGAUCUUGAUAGCAUAUUUAAUUUGAGUAUCUGAUCAGAACACACCUGUGGUACAGAGAAGAUUCGGUGGGAUAGAGAACCUGAGCAUUCUGUGGGGCACUAUGAAGGGCAUGCUCUUCUGUAUCAUUCAAUGCUUCCUAUGGACAUAUUGUUCAUCCCAACAUGAUCGUGGAAGACGGUGUGGUCAUGCACCUGUUAUUCAAAAUGGAGACUUUCUGGAGAUACCACUGAACAAUUAUGAAUCAGGUUCAGUUCUGACAUUCAAAUGCCAACAAUCUUACAUAAUGAGAGGCUCUCCAGUAGUCCGUUGCAUCAAUGGUAAUUGGACAGAAACACCAGUAUGUGUAGAACCUUGUACAAUAGCUGAAGAAGAUAUGAAACAUAACAAGAUCCAUUUGAAGUGGAGAGAUGAAAACAAGCUAUAUGCACGUUCUGGAGAAUUUGUAGAGUUUGUCUGUAUGUUCGGCUAUCAGCCAGAUCCAUCUUCUCUUCCAUUUAGACAACAAUGCAUUGAAGGCCAGCUGAAAUAUCCAAAAUGUGUCCUGAGCAAUAUUAAUGAUUGCCCAGCAACUGAAGAACAGAUGAAUUCUAACAAUAUCCAAUUCAAGAGGACAAGUACUCGAACAACAAUUGUAAGAUCUGGAGACAUGGUGGAGUUUGUCUGCAAAUCUGGGUAUCACCCAGAUCCAUCUUCUCCUCCAUUCAGACAACCUUGUGCUGAAGGCCAGUUGGAAUAUCCAAAAUGUGUCUCGGACCAUAUCAAUGAUUGCCAAGUGACAGAUGUAGAUAUUCAUCCUAACAAUAUUGAGUUCAAGUGGCGUCUUACCCAAAGAAUACAUGUAAAAUCUGGACAAGCUGUGGAGUUUGUUUGUAAACUUGGUUAUGAGGCAGAUCCUUCCUCUCCUCCAUUCAGACAACAUUGUGUUGAAGGCAAGCUGGAAUAUCCAAAAUGCAUCCUGAACUCUGUUAAUGAUUGCCCAGCAACUGAAGUAGCCAUGAGGCCUAACAAUAUCGAGUUCAGGUGGACAACUACUCGAGAAAUAAACGUAAGAGCUGGACAAUUUGUGGAGUUUAUCUGCAAAGCUGGCUAUUCGCCAGAUCCAACCUCUCUUCCAUUCAGACAACGCUGUGUUGAAGGCAAGCUGGAAUAUCCAAGAUGUAUGUAGGUAUAUGAAUUGUAAUUUAACUGCACUGCAACCAACAAACAAAUAUCACAUGUCCUGGUUCAAUACAAUUCCCAUCUUUCAUCAACAGCCUAUGGUUCAGUGCCAGCCCACACUGAGUCCAUACAUGGCCUAUGAGAAUGACACUCAGCAGCUAGGAAGCAAUGUAACAUUUCCAGUGUCAUGUAAAUCCACCCAAUGAUUCUCUCAAACUCACUCCUAUAAUGCUAUGCUGUUAAAAUAGCUAGGAAUCUCAGGAGAGUUUUUAAGUACAUGGGCUGGAUAAAAAAUUGGAAGGACUUAACACGGGGCCUAGCAAUCUAUCGAUAUAUCUAUUUCUAUCACUGUCAGCAGCAAAAUUGCUAAUUAUGCAUAUCCAAACUAUAUUUCUUUGAUUUACAUGACUCCACCUUGAUUAUUGUUUAAUGUACAUUUCAUUGCCUUCUUUGUACUGCAUUGCACUGAUGGGGUUUCAUUUCUUGUACAAGAAGUGGAAUUAAUGGCAUUUCCCAUUCUAUCUCAAUAAAUCAUUUCAUUCAUUCCA